AUGGAGACCACAGCAGCUGCCAAGAAAGAAGCCUUCCCGGUGAAGCAGCUAAGCAUUCUGCUGGCCGUUCGCCUUGUGGAGCCGCUGGCGGUGAACUCCAUUGUGCCGUAUUUGUUUCCCAUGGUCAAGUUCCUUGCGCCGGCGCUGAGCGAUAUUGAGGCCACGAAGCGUGUCACCCUGCUCUUCUCCGUCUAUGCCUUUGCCCAAUUCGGCACCAACAUCGCAUGGGGUCGUCUUAGCGACCGCGUCGGCCGUCGGCCGACCAUGCUCUUCGGCCUGGUGGGCGUCUUUGUCGGCACGCUCGGCUUCGGUCUCAGCACGUCGAUACCUGCCCUGUUUGUCUUCCGCCUGGUAGCCGGUCUUCUGAGCGGCAAUGUUGUCAUCACCCGGGCCAUCAUCGGCGACAUUGUCCGGGACCGUCAGAACAAAGCAAGGGCUUUUGCCUGGAACCAGACCGCAUACCAGAUCGGCCAGGUGAUCGGACCCAUCAUCGGCGGCUAUCUGGUGGAGCCGUGCACUCAGGUGCCGGCUCUCUGUCGGGGUGGCCGGUUCGCUUGGCUGGCCUCGCAUCCGUAUGCUCUGCCGAACCUAGUGAUCGCAGUCAUGAUCGCCACGUCCUUCUUUACGGCCUUUUUUUUCCUGAACGAGACUCUCCCACAAAAUGUCCUCAAGCCCAGUGCUCCCACCAGCGAGCAGAGCCCUCUGCUUCGACCGGACAGCGACAGCGCAUUGGAGACUUGGAAGACGGCUGGCCCGUCGCACUCGAAGCUGUCUGUGUUGCUGUCCCCGCAGGUGCGCCAUAUUGUUGUCAGCUACGCCUGCUUGGCGCUGCACUCGUUCUGCUUCGACCAGGUCUUCCCCGUCUUCCUCUCCACCGGACCAAACCCGAGCAGCAGCCUUCCAUUCGGUCUGCGUGGCGGUCUCGGCUACAACGCGCCCCUCGUGGCCAACCUCAUCGCCGCUUCCGGUAUUCUGUCCAUCUUUUUCAUGGUCGUGCUCUUCACUCCCGUCGACAAGCACUACGGCACGCUUCUCUGCAUGCGCGCCAGCAUGGUGCUCUUCCCGCUGGUGUACGUGUUUCUGCCAUACCUGGUCGUACUGCCAGAGGCGCCGCACUGGGUGCGGCUAGCAGGUGUUUCCGCAGUAAUAGCUAUGAAGACGCUGGCGGCCGUCUUCGCCUUCAACGGCAAUGCUGUCCUGUUGACGGUGGCGGCACCCUGGCCGGGCUCGCUGGGUCUCGUCAACGGCGUUGCGCAGACAGCGGCAGCUGGUGCCCGUGCGAUCGGACCGGCCAUCUUGGGCGUCGUGAUUGGCUGGGGCGACAGCAUGGGGUCAGAUGCGCUGGGCUGGUGGUUCCUGGCUUUGGUGGCGAUGGGCGGCGCCGUGCAGGCGUUUUGGCGGCGAAGGAGGCGUGGGCUUGGGGGGGGAAUGAAGCCAGGCCCGGUCGAAAUCAAGAUGCAUGACACGGCGCACCUCCUCGUUCCAGGCAAGGUUGCAAUCGCGCCUAUCAUCGUUGUAGACCCCGGCAAUCUCGAGCUCUCGCAUUGA